ACUAUAAAAAGUGGCACUGAAUGAAUGCAAUUUCAGAAGAAGAAGAAUCACCAUUGUAGAUCGAGGGUUCUUUACUCUCUAUCAGAUCCCACAUUGCAAUUCGAUUCAUUUCUAGUUCCAUACAUUCUCAAUUUUCACAAUGUCUACUCAAUUGGGACAAGAACGUGAGGUUCAGAAGAAUUAUUGGGUUGAACAUUCUUCAGAACUUACUAUUGAAGCUAUGAUGCUUGAUUCAAAAGCUGCUGAUCUUGACAAAGAGGAGAGACCUGAGGUUCUUUCUUUGUUACCACCUUAUGAAGGAAAAACUGUACUGGAACUAGGUGCAGGAAUUGGUCGCUUUACGGGUGAGCUAGCUAAGAAAGCUGGUCAUGUCUUGGCUCUGGAUUUUAUUGAAAGUGUGAUAAAGAAGAAUGAAAGUAUCAAUGGACAUUAUGAGAAUGUUAAAUUCUUGUGUGCUGAUGUAACAUCAUCUGAUCUCGUUAUUCCUGAUGAAUCCUUGGACAUUAUAUUUUCAAACUGGCUACUGAUGUAUCUCUCUGACAAUGAGGUUGAGAAUCUUGUGGAAAGAAUGGUCAAAUGGUUGAAGGUUGGUGGAUAUAUUUUCUUUAGAGAGUCUUGCUUCCAUCAAUCAGGAGACCAUAAGCGAAAGAACAACCCAACUCACUACCGUGAGCCUAGAUAUUACACAAAGGUCUUCAAAGAGUGUCAUGUACGCGAUAGUACUUCUGAGAAUUCUUUUGAACUAUCUCUCGUUGGUUGCAAGUGCAUUGGAGCUUAUGUGAAAAACAAAAAGAACCAGAACCAGAUUUGCUGGUUAUGGCAGAAAGUUAGUUCUGACAAUGAUAGAGGGUUCCAGCAAUUCCUUGACAAUGUCCAGUACAAAUCUAAUGGAAUUCUGCGCUAUGAACGUGUGUUUGGAGAAGGAUUUGUUAGUACAGGAGGAAUAGAGACAACAAAAGAGUUUGUUGAAAUGCUCGAUCUUAAGCCUGGUCAGAAAGUCCUUGAUGUGGGAUGUGGAAUCGGUGGAGGAGAUUUCUACAUGGCUGAGAAGUUCGAUGUUCAUGUAAUUGGCAUAGAUCUUUCAGUCAAUAUGAUCUCUUUUGCUCUAGAAAGGGCGGUUGGGCUAAAACAUGCAGUUGAAUUUGAAGUUGCUGACUGCACCAAGAAAACUUGCCCGGAUAAUUCAUUUGAUGUGAUUUACAGCAGAGACACCAUUCUCCACAUUCAGGAUAAACCUGCAUUGUUCAAAUCAUUCUACAAAUGGCUGAAACCGGGAGGCAAAGUUCUCAUCAGUGACUAUUGCAAGGGCGCCGGAACUCCAACAGUGGAGUUUGCUGGUUAUAUAAAGCAAAGAGGAUAUGAUCUUCAUGAUGUCGAAACAUAUGGCCAGAUGCUUAGAGAUGCUGGCUUUGUCGAUGUUAUUGCAGAGGAUCGGACCAAUCAGUUCUUAAGAGUUCUGCAAGACGAACUAGAUAAGAUUGAGAAGGAAAAGGAAGAAUUCAUUCAGGACUUCUCUAAGGAGGAUUAUGAUGAUAUAGUUGGCGGUUGGAAAUCAAAGUUGGUUAGGAGUUCGGCUGGCGAACAGCUGUGGGGUUUGUUCUAUGGCGUCAAGAAAUGAACAAUGAACCGAAGAACGAGUGGUUAGCCACCUGCCCGAGUCUUGAAUUAUUGUGAUCGUGUCGUUAUGUUUGUUGCGAAUAAAAGUGGUUCUUCUUAGGGUGGCUAGAUUUAAGAUUAGGUAUUAUUGGUUUCUUUGGAGACCAUGGUUAUUUUAUGGAUGUUUGGCUUAUUAAUGUUAUGAUCAGAACUUUAUUUGGAAA